AUGGGUUUUGAUGUUCCUAUUAUGAACAAGUCAUCAGAUGUGCCAAGUAGCGAUGAUACGCCUGAUGCCAAUGUCUCGGAUAUAUCGAUGGAAGUGGUGAAUUCGGAGUUACAGUCACCGAUUCGACGUCCACCAUUGUUUUCCUUUCAUCCAACUCCCCGUUCACUUCAACGAAUCGGUGAGGAAGAUGAGGAUUUGGAGGAUGAGUUGGAAGAUGAGGUCGAAAAAGGAAAUAAUGAUGAGGAGACCCUCUCAGUUGUGCGAAUGUCACCUACAAUCUCUCUCUCCCAAAUUCUUAAUGAUUCUUGUGUUCAAAUGUCUUCUCAGUACUCAGCUUCUGGGGAGGGUACUUCCAACUACGAUAGUGCCGCUGUCACUAUGCGGCCUAAUGUAGUGCCUGCUCAGUCAAACUAUCCUCAAGCAAGCACAGAUAGAAAAGAAGGAAGGGAAAAAGACAAGGCCUCCCAAUCACCACUGCCGCCACUGGAAUCAUCCUCUUCCGCAAAAAAGAAAGGUAUUUCGGAGGUGAGUCCAAAUGAGCCUCCUGCGGUGUUAAAUGUGGAGGAGACAGAGGUGGAGGCGGAUCCCAUCUCGGCGUUGGUCGAACUUUCAAACGUUGUGGUUGACAGUGAGAAAUUUAUCGUUCUGCGCCAAAUCGCUCGCGGAGGAUUUUCAUCAGUAUGGAUCCUCAAUAAACUAUAG